UCACCUGUCACUCUCGCUCGAGCGCACCUGUUGCGUCGUUAUAGACUUUUCCCCUCAACUUUAACUUUUGGUUUUACAUUUUUGUCUGUGUCAAGCAAAGUCGCCUUGGCUACCCAAACCCCUCCGUGUUUGGAGCAAAGUUCACCUCCGUGAGAAAACAGAUUGAUAUGGAGCCUUGAAGAAGACUUUCUGGAAACGGGAGGAAUUAUCGGGAACUGAAGCACGGGACCGUAGAUUCUCUCUGCUGAGGGUGAAUGUCGUAGAACAUGAAUGCUUUGGGGACCCCAACAAAAUCAAUCAAUGGGGUGGCCAGGUCGGACAGCAAGAUCAGUGCCAAAACCCUGUUCGAGCAACGAAAGAAGUACUCAAACUCGAACGUCAUCAUGCAAGAGACGUCGCAAUAUCAUGUGCAGCACCUGUCUACGUUCAUCAUGGAUAAAUCGGAGUCCAUUGCUACAGUAGACGAUGCAAUCAAGAAGCUGAAGCUGCUGGACUCCAAAGACAAAAUCUGGACACAGGAAAUGCUGCUGCAGGUGACGGAAAAAUCCAUCAAACUCCUGGACUCCGAAACCAAGGAAGAGCUUGAAAACUUUCCUCUGGCCACGGUCCAUCACUGUCAGACGCUGUUGAACCAGACCAGAUAUCCUUCCAUCCUUCUGUUCGUCUGUCACGACAAUGAACAACACAAACCAGACAUUCACUUCUUCUACUGCGACGAAGUAGAGGCCGAGAUGGUGCACGCUGACAUUGAUAGCGCUCUGGGAGACAAUACACGCGGCAAGAAGAUGCGACCGCAGACGCUAAAAAUGAACCAAGAAAAGAUGAAACGCCACCGGGAGACCAUCAUCCCGGCCUCUGAGCCUAGGAGUCCUGGCCCUGGGGUCAAAGGUCGCGUAGCAGCUACAGACAUGAAAGAUGAAUUGUCGAUGCAGGACCCUGAGUCCAAUAUGAAACUGGCCCAGCGGAUCGAGAAGGACGUGCAAAUCCUGAACUGCGCUCUAGACGACAUCGAGAUCUUCGUUGCACGUCUUCAUAAAGUGGCAGAGGCUUUUGCGCAACUUAACCAGCGCAACAGGAGCAAGAAAAACAAGAAAAGAGGCCCUGCAGAGGGAAUGCUAACGCUACGAGCUAAACCUCCAUCAGAAGGCGAGUUUAUCGACUGUCUUCAGAAGCUGAAACUCUCUUUCAAUCUGCUGGCCAAACUGAAGAAACACAUUCAGAACCCCAGCGCUGCAGAGCUCGUGCACUUCCUGUUUGGACCUCUAGAACUGAUACUGCAGGGUUGUGGCAGUCCUGAGCUGCCGCGUGUGGUCAUCUCUCCUCACCUGUCCCGAGACACAGUGGACUUCCUGAGAGGACACCUGACUCCCAAAGAGAUGACCAUCUUUGAGCUGCUGGGAGACGGCUGGACACGGCCCAGAGCUGAUUGGCCGAAAGAUCAGUGCGCUUCUCUGUAUGUCCCAAAAUUCCGGAAUGGGUGGGAGCCUCCGGUUGAACUAUUCCGGUCGUCCUCGUGGGAGACGGAGAGCGCCGGUGCACCGGUGAAGACAGAAUACAGACCGAAAGAGUUCUUUGGAUCACAGUCAUCGAUCUCUUCAAACGGGUCUUUCUCGACGCCUCCUGCUUCUCGCAAGUAUGCAAAGAUCCGCUACCACUUUGUGGCACGUAAUGCAAACGAGCUGUCGGUGCUUCAGGAUGAAGUUCUGGAGGUGCUGGAGGAUGAUAAGCAGUGGUGGAAGUUGAGGAACCGGAGCGGACAGGCGGGAUAUGUGCCCUAUAAUAUCCUGGAUGUGGUGAAACUUGAGGAUCCUCAUGCUUUUAUUGACCCGCCAUACAGUCCAGGAACACCCUAUAGUCCGUCAUACCGAGGACAGUCGCCCUCCAGCUCACUGGGCAGUGACAAAGACGGUCACUCUCAACAGAUGGACAAAGUGAACGAUGAGCUGCUCAUGUUGAUCACUGGUAAUAAGGUUCAACAGCCUGCGAGGAACUUUAAAGUGGUGCGUCAGUCUGCUGUCCCGCUGACCUUUAACUCCAACCCGGCCGAGGUCAGCGCCUGGCUCCAUGCCAAGGGCUUCUCCAAACCGACGGUGGAGCGUCUGGGAAUCCUGACGGGCUCUCAGCUCUUCUCUCUGAAUAAAGAGAACCUGAAGGCUGUCUGUGGAGACGAGGGAUCUCGCGUCUACAGCCAGAUCACCGUCCAGAAAGCACAGCUAGAGAAGAGUCGAGGAGAUACAGAACUGCAGGAGAUUCUGAAUAAACAGCAAGAGAAAAUUGCAUCUGCCUGAAUGCUCACAUGGACUGUCAAUCAAAUGGUCACCUGGCAACAGUAACCAUCAACCAAACUCACCAAUGAAGUUAGAUGAUAUAGAUUCUGCCACAUCGUCGACCAAAUGUCUAAUCCAAUAUCUUUUCUAAUUGUAUAUUUAUUCCUGGUGCUUUUUAUUAUAAGUGUAUGUUCGGACCUUAUUGUAAUUUAUCCACACACAUUAUCUUGUUCAUGCUGGAAAAUAUUUGUACGCUUAUACGGCUCUCUAUGGCAUGGAAACAAUAUAUCGUUGAGUCUCAUGAAAACAUGUACAGGUCACGCUUCAAAAUUAUAAGAAAAAAAUUGACUAUGAUAAAAAAACUUUUUUUUGUUGUUUCUGAAUUUGUCAUUUUAACCACCAUUGCUCAAAGUUAAAUUUUUAGGCAAUGAUUAAUACAAAAAAUGAAAACAAGUAAUAAUCAGUAUAAAUAAAUAUCAGUGCAAUGGCUUUUCACCUCAAAAACAAAAGGACUAUCAUAGAAAUAGACUAUUUUAGGAUCAUUAACAUUUUUGCAUCAUUUUUGUCAAUUUCUCAAAGUACUGCAGACAUUAUGUU